UUCCCAACACAGAGGGCAGAGGUCUCAUCUCACUGAAGUCACUCUGGGCAAAUAUUUACACAAUACAGCUUGUGUCCAAGUAGAGGAGAUCCUGCAGCAUGACAGACUGACAUUGGUACAGAAAAAGCAAUUUGAUCAUUCAAUUUGAGAAGAAAGACGCAGUUUUCAAAAACUUCUGGGAAAUGGAGGCUGUCAUACUGCUGGUGCUGGUACCAUUGGCGUCUGCGGGCCUCCUCUCACAGCCGCUAGACUGCGCAGACGUGUACAAUGCCGGCUCUAACGUCAGUGGGGUGUACAGGAUUUACCCCGCAGGGCCCACCUCACCCCUCUACGUCUACUGCGAUAUGGAAACCGAUGGAGGGAAGUGGACGGUAUUCCAGAGAAGGAUGGAUGGCACCGUGAAUUUCUACAGGGGCUGGGAUCAGUACAAGAGGGGCUUUGGGCAUGCAGGAGGAGAGUACUGGUUGGGUCUAGAGACCAUCCAUAUCAUCACUCUAAAGCAAAGGUAUGAGCUGAGAGUGGACAUGGAGGACUUUCAGGGAGCCAAGGUCCAUGCCAAGUACUCCUCCUUCUCAAUUUCUCCUCAGAUUAUCAAUGCUGAAAGUGAUGGAUACACACUCCAUGUCAGUGGAUUCAAAGAUGGGGGAGCAGGAGAUUCACUAAGUUAUCACAGUGAGCAGAAGUUCUCCACCUUCGACCGUGACCAGGACUCCAACAGUGGAAACUGUGCGAUAUCAUACCUUGGAGGGUUCUGGUACAAAGACUGUCACUAUGUAAACCCCAAUGGCAUCUACAUGUGGGGCACAGUCAAUGCCCAAGGAGUCUGCUGGUAUCACUGGAAAUCAAACUAUUACUCAAUGAAGGCCAUUUCCAUGAAGAUCCGGCCAGCGGUUUAAUACAUACUGUAGUAAUCUCAAACUCAGCCAUAAACUUGUAAAGGAAACAACAUUUUUAAUUUCUUAAUUUUUUUUCUUAAUGUCUAUUAAUCCUCAUUAAAAACUCAGUCGUCAACACAUAACGGUGAAAACAAACUGAUUCCUUUUGGCUUAAAGUUCUUUAUCAGUUUGUAAAUAUGAAUUUAAUGUAUCGGCAAUAAAUGUGCAUCACUGUG